AUGACCAUGGAUGAUCUGGAGAAGGCUGUUAAGCGCCUUGAGAAAAUUUACGAGAAGGCUGCUGAUAGGCGUCCGCCUCCAAGGCCGGAACAUUCGAUAUGCCCAAGUCUGGCUUAUCGCCCUGCUCGCCUACAGCGCUCACCAGCGCGUCCUCCUUUCCGUCGACCUUCUGUGUCGUUCAGGACUCCAUCCGCUCGAGCGGUUUCCUUCGAAGAGGAAGGUGUAGAUGAGUACGAAGGGGAUUCCCAGGAGCUCUAUGAGGAAGAGUACCUUGCGCGCUCACCAGCGCGUCCUCCUUUCCGUCGACCUUCUGUGUCGUUCAGGACUCCAUCCGCUCGAGCGGUUUCCUUCGAAGAGGAAGGUGUAGAUGAGUACGAAGAGGAUUCCCAGGAGCUCUAUGAGGAAGAGUACCUUGCGGUUGACUCGGCCCGUGGGCCCUCCUCCCUUCCCCCUCUGGUCACCAAUCCAGCCAAACCGUUGGCCUGGCAGGGCAAUACUCAAGCCCGACUCCGUACACGAGAAAGGCGUGCUCGCAGUCCAGCCCCUUCCGCAUCAGGACCAGCUGGUCCUCCUGCUGGUAUCACUCCGACUCCCCCAGCAGCUCUCGCUGCGGGUGGCCCCGUUGAUACUCCUCCACUCCAGCAGCCUAGUCCAAGUAACUUG